CGGACGUAGUAUAUAAGUUGUUGUAACGUUCGCCUCGUAUUGAAGGUCAGCAACUUCGACAUCAUCAAGUCAACAGUAGCAUCCAGCAAUCUUUCCCUUCGCUUUCUCAGCACCUUUUUUUACAUUCAUUCGCCCAGGUUGGCAGUUAUUUUUAACUUUUUAACAACACCCAAUCAAGAGCUAGUUCUCUCGUUGUUUGUCCUUCCUACCCCCCAGUUCAUACCGUAUUACGACCGAUAAAAUUUAACUUUGUACCCUUACACGAUUACCCUUUUUGGAAUAUACACCUGCAAAUCAUCCAACAUGGUCUCCAAGGUUUUCAUCAUCGCGGCUGUCAUUGCCUACGUCGAGGCUCGCUUCGGACAGGAGCAAGUUCCUAUUGCAGCCAUCAGCGACGUUCAAGGUGGUGCAGGCGGCGCUGCUGCUACCAUUGCGGGAGCUGCCAUUUCUGACUUGCUGGGUGGAGCCAACUCUUGCGACAAGCUCGUCCGCGCUGACCAAAUCUUCACUGAGCUCGGUGGUGGUGCUGAUGCCCUCGCUGCCGCUAUUGGCAUGGUAACAGCAGAGAAGAACACCAACCCCUUCGCCAACGGCAACGUUCAGAAUGUCUGUGGUGAUGCCUCACUUCCUGUUACCCCCGAGCUCCGUGGUAUCACUCCCCUCAUUGAUCCUGCUGUGGAUGUCAAUGGCGAUGCCGCCACUCUUAGCCAGAGUUCUGCUGCUAAUCCCCUUGCCGCUGACGGGCUGAGUGUGUUUGAUCUCAUGGAUCAGGCUGGACUUGGCGACUUGGUCGUGAGCCAGGCUUCUGCUGGUGGUGCGGGUGGUGCCGCUGCAGGAGGUGCUGCAGCUGCUGGUAACGGAAACGCAGCUGCUGGUAACGGAAACGCCGCCAACAACAAUGCCAAUAACAAUGCCAAUAACAAUAACAAUGGCGCUGCCGGAAACCAAGCUGCUGCUGGCAACAACGCUGCUGCUUGCGACAGCAAUGCUGCUACUGGUAACGGAAACGCUGCUGCUGGUAACGGAAACGCUGCCAACAACAACAAUGCCGGCAACCAGAACAACAACAACAACGCCAACGAGGAUGCUGCUGAAGAAGACGACGACAACAACAACCAGCAGAACAACGCCAAUGCUGGCAACCAGAACAACGCCAAUGCUGGCAACCAGAACAACGCCAACGCCGGUAACCAGAACCAGAACAACAACGCCAACGCCGGUAACCAGAACAACAACAACGCCGAUGCUGGUGCUGGUGCUGGUGCUGGUGCCGGCGCGGGAGCCGCAGCCGGCGGCGCAGACUUCGGUCUCUGCACCCCAACCAUCACCUUCCAAGGCGGGGAGAACGGACGCCCCGCCGACGAAUUCACCUUCCAAAUCGCGGACCCCGUUGCACGCGGCGGCCAAGGCGAAGCCCUCAACCCGGACAUCAUCACCAACGCCCUCUGCAAUCAGCUCACCAACGUCUGCGAGGCCAACGACGCCGCCGUCGCCCAGUGCGAGAGCGCUGCCGCUGCUGUCCAGGGCGGAACCCGCAACAAGGCUCUUGCUGAUGAGUUCAACACGCUUAUUGGAUUCCCUGGUGCGGUUACCAACCCUGAUGGUGGGCCUGAGGAUGUUGCUGCUGCCAAGCGUUCCAUGCGUAGGGGGUUGAGGUUGUAAGGAAUACGGGGAAGCUCGUUACGAGAUGGCUGAAACCAUAGGGGGGAAGGAAAGAGCAGGGGUCAGGGGGUUGGGGGUUGAGGAUUUUUGUUGAGGAGCGGAGACUGGAUGCUACUGCUACUGCUGGACUUGAUGAAGUUACUCAUCAUCUAAAAAUUUGUUUUCUUUAUACGUU